AUGACAACGACACGAGGCAAAGAACGCCAAUCUAUCCUAUCACAUGUCUUUAAACAGAUUCUCUCGGAUCCUCCUAUACCAAGCAAGAAAAGAACAUUUGAAGAUGUAUUCACGCCUUCUAAAUGCUUUCCAGACUUAUGGCAAACGAGACAAGAGCUAAGAGAGAAGGAGGAUUUAUUACUAUCCAAAGGAAGAACUACCAGAGCUGGUAGACUGCGAAUAGAGAGGCAAACUGUUGGAGAAAAAAUUAGACAGGACGCGAAAGAUUGUACAAGAAAUGGCUGGAAUGGAGAUUUACAUGAUAGUGGCGAGAAUGUCAAUGAGGGUAUAAACAAGGAUAUGACGAAAGAGACAAUAAACGAGAAUAAUAGCGAAAUAACGCAUAAACGCAAAAGACAAAAGUCAAAUGAAAUUUCGGCUGAUAAGCAUAGUCGCGAAAUUACUAAUCAGUUAAACACUGAACUUGAUGGUAACGAACUAUCUUGUAAUGAUAAUACGGUGCCUACUCAAUUGACGAAUCACGCAAAGCAAGUUACGCAGAAUAAUACAAAAAGAAAGUCUAGAGAUUUAACGGAAUCGGAGAGAAAGAAAGUCAAGACAGCCAAACCUGACGUAAUUAAAAGAGGCAGAGGAAGACCAAAGAAAUACGAAACAACUACUUCAUAUGCGCAAUCAACUCAGUUAGUGCAUCCAUAUCUCGCAACUCAUUCACCAACACACAUCGAAACAAAGGUUCCUCGAUUGCGUCUUAUAUUGAAGAAACGAUGUGAGCCACCUUUGCAAUCAACAGAUGCCUCACAUUCGAGCACUCCCGCCUAUACUCCAGAUAUGCAGAAUACUCCUAAUGAUAAGAAGAAGUCGGAAGGAAAAACGGGACUAGUUCCUUUAGAUCCGUUGAAAGAGUCACAGCUGAGGUCAGUGUUGUGCACCACGAAGAAGCAAUUAAGUAUAAAAGCAGCAAGAAUGAAGAGGAAAUUGCUGUUGAGAGAGUCCAAACGCGCAGUUCAAUUACCAAUAUUCGACAUUGACAUUUGGAUACACAACCAUAUGCGAUCGGGAGUAGAUUUACUUCCAAUCACAUAUCAAUCGCCGCAGCCGAACUCAUCGUCGCUCUCUUCGCCUUUGCCUACAUCCCAAGAUACAUCACAACAACAAGGGGACGAUUCGUCUCGUUCAGAAGAAUCCCCCGUCUUGCAGGAAUCGGACUGUGUCAACGCUGCUUCUACAGAUCGCAGUGAAAUUGAAUCUAGUCUUAACAGAACCAAAAGUAUUAAGAGGCCUCUUUCACGAUAUUUAACAUCUUUUGCAUCCAGAAUACAUGGAGUACCAUGCUAUUGGCGUACGCUGACAAACCCGUCUCCUCUGCUUUCUGCGUAUACUUCAACUCCCCUUCCACCAUAUGUAUUUCGUGAUUACUGGACGCGCCCGCCUAAACUUCUUCUCCUGCAUUCCAUUCUCACGUACCCCCAUCGCGACAAACCCUCGUCCUCUUCACCACUUUCUAGUCCAAUAGAUUUCUGUUAUUUCCAACCGGAACAUUUGCUCCAA